UGUAAAACACUUAAACGUUCGACGAGCACCCAGUGCGAUAGAUCAUAUCCAACAGUCUGAGGGUUCUCUACAAAAAAACCAAAGCAAUAGCUUGAUAACCGCCAGUCUAGCGUCUAUGAAAGUUGUUAUUGACUCUAGCGAUUUACAAGCCCUAUAAAUAAGCUUCCAAGUAACCUUGUGAAUUGUAACCAUGGGAUUGACGCGCGUGCUGGUGAAGGAUGGCGGUUUCGGCACCCAGAUGACCGUGCAUGUGGGCAACUCUGUGGACGGGGAUCCGCUGUGGAGUGCCCGGUUUAAUGCCACCAAUCCGGCGGCCAUUAUCAGCACCCACCUGGAUUUUCUGCAGAAUGGAGCCGAUAUAAUCCUCACGAACACCUAUCAGUCCAGUGUCGAGGGCUAUAUGGAGUAUCUGGAAUUGGACGAGGAGCAGAGCAUCGAGUUGAUUAGGAACACGGUCCGUUUGGCGCACAUUGCCAAGGAGCGCUAUCUCACGGAGUGCUAUCAGGCCCAGCUGGCCAUUCCGGAAGGCUACCCAUUGAUCAUCGCGUCGAUUGGACCUUUUGGCGCCCACCUGCACGAUGGAUCGGAGUACACCGGCAGCUAUGCCGACUAUGUGCCCGUUAAGGAGAUUACGGACUGGCAUCGCGUGCGGAUCGAAGCCUGUUUGGAGGCCGGCGUGGAUGCACUGGCCAUCGAGACGAUUCCCUGCCAGAUGGAGGCUGAGGCUCUGGUGGAGAUGCUGUGCGAUGACUAUCCGGACGUGAAGUUCUGGGUGGCCUUCCAGUGCAAGGAUGAGAGCACUUUGGCCCACGGCGAGACUUUUGCGGAUGCGGCAAAUGCGAUCUGGGACUUUUUGGCGGAGCGAAAUGCCCAGGAUAAAUGUCUGGCCAUCGGGGUAAAUUGUGUGCAUCCCAAAUUUGUGACUCCUCUGUUCAAGAGUUUGAACGGAGAUCGCCAGGUGGCUGAGCAGAUUCCCCUGGUGGUGUACCCGAACAGUGGAGAAGUUUACGACGUGGUCAACGGCUGGCAGGGAAAGGAGCACUGUGUGCCCCUCGCCAACUACGUCCCCGAGUGGGCGCAACUGGGGGCCAAGGUCAUCGGCGGGUGCUGUCGAACCUAUGCGAGGGAUAUCCGCAACAUUGGGGAGGCCAUUCGGAACUGGAACAAGCAGAAGAAGCUCUCCUAGAACCACAACACUGGGGAUCUCAGUUACUUCGAACAGAACAAAAUGCAUUUCGAAUUAGUCUUUGUUAAUAGGUAUUAAGAUUUAGAUUUAAUUUAAAUAAAUACAAGUAAGAUAGAA